GCAGCGCCUGCGCAACGUCAGUCGCGAUCGAGCGCCCGCGGUGAUCGAACGCGCUCAACUAGCACAAUUAUAGUCUCGUUUCUUUUGUUAAACAGUUUAAGUGAAUUUUCUUGUGCCUGUGCCUGACACGUUGGAUGUGCAAUUAUAUGUGAAACAGCAGAAUUGGAGUCGAUUUUCUUAUAUCUGUGUAAUGUGUAUGAACUUGUAGAAGAAUACUCGAUAUGAUCCACGUGGACGAAACAGAUCCAGUCGGAGAGAUAGAGCCGCCCUUCCCCUGUCGCGAUGUCACCAUCAAACGCGGCACGGAUGUCAACGACUUUUUCGAAAUGCUGUCGGAGAUCGGUCGAGGCAAGUUCGGCACAGUAUACUUAUGCCGUGAGAAGAGCACCGGUCUGGAGUUAGCUGCAAAACUGGUGUCUGUCAGUAGACGGGACGAGCGGCGAAAUGUUGAACGCGAGGUGGACGUGAUGCGACGGCUUAGACACCCUCGUCUUAUUCAACUUUACGACGCUUAUGAUUGGGGCAAAUACAUGUGCGUCGUACUUGAACUGAUAACCGGUGGGGAGCUAUUCGAGCGCGUCAUCGACGAAGAUUUCGUGCUAACGGAACGCGCCUGCACCGUCUUUAUGCGGCAGAUCUGCGAAGGAAUUGAAUUCGUCCACAGACAAAAUAUACUCCAUCUCGAUAUGAAGCCAGAAAACAUCUUGUGUCUGACAAAGUCUGGGAAUAGAAUAAAGAUUAUCGACUUCGGAUUAGCGAGGUUCUACGACCCUGAGAAGAAACUGCAAGUUUUGUUUGGGACGCCGGAGUUUGUGGCUCCUGAGGUUGUGAACUUUGAUCAAAUCGGUUACGGCACUGAUAUGUGGUCGAUUGGCGUUAUUUGUUACGUGCUAUUAUCGGGCUUGUCACCUUUUAUGGGAGAGACAGAUAUAGAGACAAUGGCAAAUGUUACCGUUGCGAAGUAUGACUUCGACGACGAAGCGUUUAACGAAAUUUCUGAUGACGCAAAGGACUUCAUACAGAAACUGCUCGUCAAGGACAAAGAGUCGCGGCCGAGCGCCACCGAGUGCUUGCGUCACCGUUGGCUCCUCAAACGCUCCCAAGUGAAGAAAGACAAACCCAGACCACAAACAUCGCCAAAACACGAACUAGACGUCGCCAAAGACAACCUGCGUCUCUUCGUUGAAAGAUGGAGCGAACAUCCAAACUCACCUUACGUCUUCGAUAAUCAAGCUCACGAAAUCAUCUGCCUAGUUAAUGGAAAUUGUGAGAGAUCCUCUAUCGGAGGCUGCUCACCAUCGCCUAGAAGUUCCCUCAGCAGUUCCCCUGAUAUAAUCUUCGAUGAAGACGAUCUUGAACCCCCGCCAUUACGAGAUCCAACGCCACUCGCACAAAGAUAUAACCCAGUCGAAAGACGUGCGUCUGACAGCAGUUGCUUCUUACAUAAAAAACACGAUGUAUUAGUAAGAAAGAAUUUAGCAGAAGAAAUAAAGAAAUUAUCCGACCAUUUGUUUAUGUUGUCAACUAUGAGCACGGAUCUCGUUAAUAAUAAUAGCUUCAAAGAGUUCGAUAAAAAUGCAACUGAAUCGAAACCAGGAAAUAAAGAAGAAAAGAAAUUGAAUGGCUUUAAGACGGACUCGAAAGCUUUGUUAAAAAAUUUAACAAACGGUGACGCGAAUAAAACAGAAAGAAAAGUAUUCACAUCGAAAUCCAGUAAUAAGAUUAAUUCUACUUUCUUGACGGAGAGGGAACAAGAAAAACCGAUGACGAGCAAAAUGCCUUGGGCGAAAGCGACGAGAUCGAAAAGGUUGACGAACUUAAGCAGAGAUGUUCCUGACCAGCCGAUAGACCGCCGCAGCACAUUCUUCGAGGAAUUCGACAAAAGACGAGAGAUAAUUGGAAAACUAGUAAAUGGCUCCAGCAAUGGGAGACAGUUACCAUAUAGACGAGGAGAUGAGAAUAACGCUCAUAGGACGAAAGACCGUCUAUUGCAUCUUCUAGAAAAAUGGGCGGAUACAGAAGUGGAAGGGGAGAGAACAGCGGGGGGUACGUCGAAUUGUGGUAGACAUCAAUCGAUAUCCCUCGAGUGGUCGCCUUCUAACCAACUAGCCCAGAACUCUAUGUCCAGUCUUCACGCUUUUUUUCAAAGACAAACAUCAGACGAAAAAAAACAAAGGAAGAAAUGACUAGUGAAAUAGUAUAUGUGUAAGAAAUUGUAUGUAUGUAUUGCAAACAGGGACUAUAGUGCCAUGACAUUGUGUUGUUCAGAAAGGUCGACUUUGAAACUGGUUUUAACCAGUUCGUGUAAAAUCAGUGUUUUGAUCAAAAAUGAAUUUUCAAAAGGAUCUCAAUUUCUCAAUGUUUUAUUAUUGUAGUCAAGCAACAAGAGUUUUAUCCAAUAUUAUAAUUUUUAAGACAGUGAGAAAAGCCCAGUUCUAUUACAAAUUACAUUUCAUUUUUAGCGCAUAAACGGGACAGAGAAAUCAUAUUUCGUAUAUGGCAACCAUUAUGCUAUUUAUUUCAUAAAAAUUGCGAUU